AUGUUCCCUCAUGUACCCACAGCUGUCUCGCGAAACUCUCGCAAGCCAUCGCCUUAUCCUACCGCACCAUUGUACCUCCUGAAGAUUACCCAGCUGGUUUCCGCCUUUAUCGUCGGCGCUGUGCUCUGCUUCUUCGUUGAUCAUCUUCGCGAUGAAGCCGUAACUCACUUCAUCUUCACCCUCUACAUCCACCUGACCCGCACGCUCAAUCCAGCCUCUCACCUAAUCUCCAAUGCCAUCCUGACAGUUUGCUGGCUCGUCAGCUUGGCCCUCUUGACCUGGAAUCUAUCCUGGACGUUGGGACACCGCUGCGGUCCCAUCAAUUGGGGCAACAAUGCUGGCAUCAUGGUGUGCAGACUGUACAAAGCCCUGACGGCCUUCGCUGUCACUGGCUCUGCAGCGACGAUUGGAGCUUUAGGGCUUGAUUUAAAAAUCAAACGGGAAGGGAAGGAUAGGGGCGUGUAUGAUCAAAUGCCUGGAGAUGUGAAGGCGCCGGCGGUCCUGGUCAAUGAGAUGGGGACAGAUGGCUUUGAGCCACAGCAAGCUCGGUACAUUGGUGAAGGGCACGAGCGAAGAAGCCACGAAGGGGCUCAAGCCUAUAAAGUCCAAAAGCCAAUCGAGGCUAAGCAAUUUGGGUACGAAGCUCCAAGCGAACAGACGAGUUAUGGAGGAGGAUAUAUCUAA